CCAACUGCAUCUGCUGGCUGACUCUGUACGGAACUUUCUCUCUUACUAGGACUAAGGAAAUAGCAACUUGUUUUUGAUGCCCAGCUAAUUUUGCUGAUUUCUUUCUCAUCAGAUUCCCUUCUUUCUAGGUUUUUUUUUUCCUCCUUCCUGGAAUUGAAGUCAUUUUUCCCACGAAAAAUGCACAUGUGGAAGACACUUGCUUAGCUUGGACGGGUCAAGAAACUUCAAGAGACAGCUGUCCAGAGACGUUGCAAGAACAACAAGAUGACUUUAGAUGCCUCCAUGAUGACCACACAAUUACUCAAGUAGAUUUUCAGAACGGAGCCUUCACCAUCAUCAAAUUAAUCCCAGCAAGUUCACAGACCAUCUGAAGUUGAGCUGUUGGUAUAGGAAACCUACAUCUUGCAGAGUAUUUUUCCCCAUCUGGAUGACUGCUGUCUUCAACAGGGCUAGAGGCCUUUGGUCCAGUUCUCAACUCUGCCACAUCUUCCUGGAGGAUCUCAUCUCGGUUCUGGAAGUGGAAAUCUACAAAAGGAUGAGUUGAGCGUGAUCUCAUGACGUCUCCUGCAAACACAAUGAAAAACAUGUCAUGCAAUGCCACCAUUGAUGAGUUUCGGAGUCAGGUGUAUCCCGUGGCAUACUCCAUAAUCUCUAUCCUGGGAUUUAUGGGAAAUGGCUUUGUGUUAUGUGUCCUCAUCAGGACAUACCACGAGAAAACAGCAUUCCAGAUAUACAUGUUCAACCUUGCCAUUGCAGAUCUUCUCUUUGUAUGUACUCUGCCCCUGCGAGUGGUCUAUUACCUCUAUAAAGGCAACUGGUUCUUUGGUGACUUUUUGUGCCGGAUCAGCUCCUAUGCCAUGUAUGUCAACUUGUACUGUAGCAUCCUGUUCAUGACGGCGAUGAGUUUCUUCCGUUGCAUCGCCAUUGUUUUCCCGAUUUGGAAUAUCCAAUUUAUCUCCCGGAAGAGAGCCAUCAUUGUGUGUGUUGGCAUUUGGUUCUUUGUAACCCUGACCACCACCCCAUUUUUGCAGAAAAGUGCUCAGUUGUCUAAUGAAAAUGUAACCAAAUGCUUUGAGCCACCAAGGAACAAGGAUGUGAGGAAGCUGAUGGUUCUCCACUACAUUUCAUUGUUCGUUGGCUUCAUCUUUCCUUUCAUCACCAUCACCAUCUGCUAUGCCAUGAUCCUAAACAAGCUCCUGAAGAAUUCCAUGCAUAAGAAAGAAGGAAUUCAUAGAAAAGCCAUCUGGAUGAUCAUAAUUGUGACCAUCGUCUUCCUCGUGAGUUUCACCCCAUAUCAUGUCCAGCGCACUGUCCACCUCCACUCGAUGAAAGAUGACACUUCCUGUGAGAAGAGUCUCUACAUGCAGAAAUCUGUGGUGAUAACCUACUCCCUUGCAGCCUUCAACUGUUGCUUCAACCCACUUCUCUAUUACUUUUCUGGGGGGAACUUUCGUAGGAGGCUUUCUACUUUCCAAAGGGGCUCUAUUUCCAGUUCUCAUCACCGGAAGAUGUCCUCAAAGAUAGAUGAAGUGGUUAAUGGAAAUGCUGUGGAACAUAAGGCUUAGUAAGGGCUUCUUCAUCUGUCCCUUGGCAGAAACAUACAUUUGGGAAGUGACAGGAAGACUGUAGGUCUAGCACCUUGUAAAAUUGAAACUAUGAGCUGGCAUGGACAAUGCGCUUGCAAUUAUACCAACUUCCCCCAAACAGAUGCCAAUCUGUGAUGCCAAUUAUUGGGUUGGUGGUUUACCUAGUUUCUCAACAUGGUGGCCAGAGAAGCAAGUGUGUAUGUAGACAUUCGCUUGGCAACAGCCAGAUUUCCUUGCUUCAUCUGUUAUUUCCAAAUAUGCCUCUGGGAUCUGAAUAAAACUUAAAAAAUAUUAUAAGACAUAAAAACGGUGAUAUAGUCAAUCCAAUGCUUUGUUUGGAACUGUGCCCGUUUGCUCAGAAAAAGGCAGUGAUAAGCAGGGGAAUAAGGCAAAAGAAGGAACUAAAGAAAUUGCAGGUAGAUUUGAAGCUGAUGCCUUGUAAUUGCCAGUUUGAUCUAGUGGCUAAGGCACUGGGCCAGAAAGUGGGAGAUCAUGAGUUCAAGUCCUGACUCAGCCAUGAAAGCUGGCUGGGUAACUUUGGGCCAAUCACCAGGAGAUGGUGAAUUCUAG